UGAUGGAGACCAAACUGCAGCUGUUUCGCUCCGGAGCCGAUUUUCUGCACCUGUGAGUCUCUCUCUCUCUCUCUCUCUCUCUCUCUCUCUCUCUCUCUCUCUGUCUGUCUCUCUCUCUCCCUCUCUCUCUGUCACACACACGCGCACACAGUCGGGUCCGUCCGCGAACACUUAGCCACUUCAAACACCAGUUUAAACACCUGGAGGGAGCUUCGGACGCUUCUUGGUCUUUCCGUCGACGCAUGGAAACUUGACAAUCGUUGGCUAAAGACUUGCCAGCGGCGGGAGGACACCGGUUAAUGUAGCGGACGAUCGGGGGUCUGACUGCGGGGCGCACCGCUGCUGGAGCAGCCGGGGAAAAGUCCCGUACAACAUCCAGACCUCCGUCUGCGGUAGCGACCACCAGAAGCAUGUUUUUACCCGGGAUCCUCGUCGUGAUAUUCCUCUCAGGUGUCCUGCCGUCUUCUGCCCCGUACUUCACUUUUCAAUCCUCCUACACUGACUGUUUUGAAGCACACCGCGUCUGCUCUGCUGACCCACAGUGUGAGGCGCUGUACCGAGGACUGGAGCAUUGUGCAUCAGAUGCAGCAAUUUUACCCCUAUGGGAACAGGCUGCAGCUGAGUGCUUGGAGAGGCAGGAAGCACUGCUGGCCAAACACCCCUCUCUGUUGACCUGCAAGUGCCAGCGUGGUUUCCGUAAGGAGGAGCAGUGUCUGCACAUCUACUGGAGGGUUCGACUGCUGCCAGCCGAGGAUGAGCUGGAAUUGUCGCCCUAUGAUGACACCCUCGUAGACAUGCGUAUGGCAUCGUUGGUGGCAGGCUCCGCCUUCAAUCAGCAUGACGGGGAGAACCAGUGUUUGAAAGCAGCUCAAGACUGUGGCCUGUACGAGAAGUGUGGUGCUCUGAGGUCCGAGUAUGUCCUUGCUUGUACCAAGAGAGUUCCGGGGACCAGCAGGUGUAACCAGCAUAAGUGUUAUCGAGCCCUUCGCCGCUUCCUGGAGAGGGUUCCAGAAGAGUACAGCUUAGGUGUACUGUUCUGUCCCUGUACUAAUACCCUGUGUGGGGAGAGAAGGAGGAAAACUAUUGUACCAUCAUGCUCCUACCAGGACACGGAGGGGAUCCAGCCCAACUGCCUGCACCAACAAAGCUUCUGCCGUCGAGAUGACCUGUGCAGGUCCAGACUGGCUGAUUUCCUCCAGAAUUGCCAGCCUUCCCCUGCAACUGCCAGCGGCUGUUUGAGAGACUCAGCAGGCCUCUGCCUUCGAGCGUAUGCUGGCCUCAUAGGAACAAUCAUGACACCAAACUACAUUAGCAACACCUCAUCAGAUGUGUCGCUUUGGUGCAAUUGUGAAGGAAGUGGCAACCAGUGGCAUGAGUGUCUGAGACUGCAACGCAUGUUCACCCACAACAACUGCCUGCGCAACUCUAUCAUUUGGAUGGGAGACCCUGGACUGCUGCCUGCAGAAGUAGACUCCCCCCCUGCACCCAGACCGUCCCCACUGGUCCAGGAGGAUGAACUGUUAAGCAACAACCACCUGCCUGAGCACAACAAUGUGGUGGAGAGUGAAGAAGAGGAAACACUAAUGCAAACAGAAGUGGAGACUGAUGAAACAGACCAGUUUGAUGUGAUCCCACAAUACUCAGAAAGGGCCACGGUUUCCAACCUGGGAUCUUCAGUGGCUGGAGGAACACCCACUCAUAUCUCUGCCACCCCUGAAUCCGUCCUAGUGCUCCUGCUGCUUCCAUCUGCCGCUCUCAACUGGGGAUAGAGCAGGGGUUUGGCAAGGAGACACAAAUCUUUACAUCAUACACAUAUAACCACCUACUCACAUACAUUGGACCUACUCCACCUCUCAACUCACUGAUGGAGAGUGAAAAGAAUUGGGCUUCACCUGUCAAUGGCCUCCCCUGAAUGCCCAUCACUAUGUCCCUCCCUUCUUGUUUGGAAACAACACUUUGUCAAUGCUUACUGCAGUCACUUUGGUGUCCAGCCACCAUUGACCAGUGAUGUAGACGCUCCUGUUUGAACAUCAAGAGAAUUGUGUUUGUCAGAGUGGCUUGCUUGGUUGUCAGGACAUGAAUAUUAGCUGACACACACACACGCACACACACAGAUGUGUUGUUACUGUGCAAUAAUGGUUUGUGUUGUUUGGUUUAUGUCAUUCUGUCACAUGGUAACUGGAAGUGUGAAAUAUCUCAUUUACAAAUCCCUCUCCUUGAUAAUUAGUAGGCUUUCAUCAACCUGCAACCUUUCUUAUUUUCAAGGUAAGAACUCUUGUUCUUCAAGUAUUUAUUUAUACCAAAAAGCACCUGAUUGCAAUUGUGAUUGGACUGUGCACAUAGUUGGCACUUAUGUAAGAAUAAGGCCGAUCCUGUUCAGCUGCUAAAUUCACAUUCGUCAACAUGCCAGACAACAUUAAAGUCCAGAUGAAAAAAAGGUGUUUUUAUUGACUUAUGCUUGGUCAAUUUUGGUCAGUGUGUGUAUGUGGGAUUGUUUAUAUACUUAUAUACUUUCUGGGGACCUCUCAACAAUACACUAUCCUUGUGAGGACCGUAUGACAUAGUGAUGACAUUUGGCUGGACCCCAAGAAGUUCAAUUUGAGGAGACUUUAAAAAUAACUGGGUCAUUAUGAUUGGGUGUAAUUUUGGUUCAGCGUCAUGGUUAAGGUUAGCCGUGUGUUUUGGAUGGUUAGGGUAAGGGUGAGAGGCUGGGGAACGCAUUGGCAAUGAGAAACCUCAAUAUGUCCCCACGGGCAUAGAAAAAGUGUGUGGCCACUUCUUGACAAAACACCUUGUGAUAAUUGGGUUUAAGUUUGGCUAAGAGUCAUGGCUAAGUGAAAGAAUGUAAAUUGAAUGUGUUCUUUGUGUCCCGGUGCAAAGCAUUUGUCUGCCUCCGUUGUGAAUGACUCCAAUUAAACAUCUCUCUUGAAGAAAACUGCUGUGAAUGAUGAUAGGCCAGGUAUGACCAGCAGUGCAAACAGGCAAAGACAAGGAGCCACAUCAUCCAAGUAUCUUCGUUUUUUUUUCUGUUCCUUCACAAAAACGGCAUUGUCUGAACCUGAUGGAAUGAUCGACAGGUAUGAUAUUGUUAACAUGCUGCUGUGAACAAACACCGGUUUUACACAGAAAUAAGGUUAUUGAUCAUGAUAAAAAUGCAUGCGUCAUGGUGGCUCAGGAGAACAGACCCAAGUGCUAAGAUUGCAGCUGACUCAAAGCAAUGAGGUUAAAUUUAACAAUGUUUAAUACACAAUAACAAGAAAAUAACAGGGCACAGACAGGAAACGUGGAACUAACGACGUCGCCACCAAAACGUGGAGCCAGGGAAACACUCAAGCACGGGGAAAAACCUGAAACAGAAAAGAGGUGAAUUACAGUUAAGCUUAAAUAACGGGGACAACCAAAACACACUUGGAUAAACUCAUGAGGCCCAAUCAACGAAAAACGUUGGCUGGUGGAAUACUCAAAGACACAUGCGUGGAAGAAAAGCCAACAAGAGAAAACAAAAUAUGAGUACAAAAUUCUCACACAAAGCACAAACUUGCUAGAAAAGGACAGAAAAUAAACAAGGAAGAAACAAAGGAAGCGGCAGAAAAGGCACACACAAUCGAAAGAUGAAAAGAAACACGAUAGAAUUAGUCUCGAGGAGAUCUUUACCAGUGGUUGUGGAGCAACUAUCUGGCAGUGCAGACUGGAACCAAGGUGUAGAAAUCCGCAAAGCUUGAUCAGCAGAUGGGAACAGAAUGAAGGAAAUGGAAACAACACACAGGAAAUAGGAAAUAACAAAAUAAAAGCACACGGAAACCGAAACACAGCAUCAUGAUUUCAUGACUGGCAGCUCAAGUACAAUCAGCCAAAAAGAUGAAGUGGGAGCUUCUGAAAAAACUUUUUUUUAUGUUCAGAAUCAGAUUACUUGGGGUGAAAUAAGUUGCUGAAUCAUGUUUUCAGGACCUGCUGAAUCCUACUGACACAACGUUCUUUGAUGACGCAGAGUCUGGGCACUCAGUGGCAGCAUGGGUGAGGUUGCUGAGGUAAACAUAAGUCCAUGGAAAGGAAGAAAUUAAUCUGAUAUUGAGAAGUUGGUACGACCUUGUCCCCUCAUAUGUCCCACUGAAAUAUAAAUUUGUUUAUUACAUUCAUACAUUCAUCCAUUUUGAUGUUAUGUAAAUGUACUUGCUUUCUUGUUUCAUACAGUAGACAGACAGGAAUUUGGAUUAUUCCGUUGCCAAGUGACAACUUCUGCACUCGUUGGUAUGCAACUUGUCAUCUCAUGAUGAGCAUAAAACACUCACAGUGAUCUAAGAAUAAAUCCUAAUGAACUUCACAAUAAGACCAGAGUGAACAUAACACAGAAAAGUCAAGAACUGUGAUGAUCAUUGAAGUCAAUUCCAGACACUGACAGAUAGUGGAUGUCAUGAAAACGUGCAUUUCAUCAAUUGUGUCCGACGAUGUUCAUGACACAGGGUCAAUAGGUCAGAAGCAACUACAAGACACCUGGUUCCACACCUUCCUCUUGGGGCACUCAAUAGAUUGGGAUGGCAGUGUUGGUGAUGACGUCAGAGCUGAACUGCGUGAUCCUGGACACCUGCCAACUGCUACAGCCUGGGUCACCCCAAAUGCACCCAAUAUCAUCCCACUGCCGCCACAAAUGGAUGCUCCCGUUUUUGCAGGCUGGAAUGCCACCACAAUCUGCCAACAACACAUCUAGUUAGAGUCACAGCUAAACGCAAGGUUAGAUUGUGCCUAUUAACUGGUAUAGUUUCUGCAAGAAUGACCACUUUUUUCCCCCGGUAAACACAAUGGAAGGGGAAAUUGUGCUGUACCCAUGCGAUUGGUUAGUAAUGCCAUACGAAAAACCUCCUUCACUGGCCAUGCGCAUGUGUCAUGAUGGAAACACCAGGGCUGAAGCUUGUCACUUCUUGAGUACUUGAGUGUUUUCUACUCUGUUUCUGAACCUCCACACACUUUUUGCACCUCUUCAGGCCAGUUUAAUUAUAUAUGUUUCCACACGUUCCCCAAGACCCCAAAUUUAGGAGAGUGUUGUUUCAAGUUAUGUUUGUCUGCUAUUAACAUUCUUCAAUACAUGUCAAUAUUGGGAGAAACUGAGUUUUUUUUGUUUUGUUUUUUAUCCAUUACAUAGAGACAGUCAAUAUCCUGUUUUAUAUUCCACCAAGAUUGAAAAGGAGCAGAGUGAAAAACAGCUCUUGUCAUUUCUGCCCCUUAUUUUUUCUAAACAGUGGUUAUCAGUGUUUGCUUGUUUCUGUGUAAUUGCGUUAUGUAGUGUACACUUAUACUUGUUAUGCUCAAUUAAAUGUUAGUAUUUGUCAACGGUGCAUGUAUUAAUUAUAAGCUGCAUCGAGAGGACUUUUGGCAGGUAAGUGUGAAAGAAAAACACACAAGUCCUGAGCACAAUUAUGUGAAUGUGCUGCAUAAACAUAUCCUGAGCACAGACAGCAA